AUGGAUAAAGAGAUACCCCCAGGUGCACCCAAUUUACGACAGAAGGAAUUGGAGGAGAUAUCCAGCAAAAUAGCAGAUCUAGAGAAGUGGAGGAAGAUCUUCAUUUCUGCUUCUCUUUUAUUGCUACAGAAAUGUCAAAACCCCAAACCUGAUGAUGACAAAGAGGAUGCUGCUGAAGCAACUACCAGUUGCCUAAAACAGGACCAGUUCCCAUCCGAUAGCCUUCAUUCAAUUCCUAAAACGCUCCUGGUCUCAUCAAACCUAGGAGGGCAACCUAUCUCACUGGAAAUGGCAGUGGGACUACGAAUGAUGUUAUUUGGAAGCAUAUUCCAAGUCUUCAGCUACGAAUGGAAAAGGGCAUAUUUUAGAUUUCAUGAGCCAUGUGCUGACCUGGCCUAUGCACUGGAGAUAGAUAAGGGUGGAGCAAUAGCUAUUCAGAUGGCUGUUCAGGUGAACAUCAUUAAAUACUUACUGUUUGUACAGAAUAAAGAGGAGAAAACCCAUCUUCAAAGUUUGUGUGAAUUAAGCCAAAAAGAACAAGAAAAGGCUCUUGUGUCAGCUUUGACAGAUAUUCUGUGGACAGCAGGAGAAGGUCAGAAAGCUACUAUCUGCCUUGUCAGCAAUGAUACUUAUUGGGCUCCAAAUAUAGACUGCGAAGUGGAUAACUUUACUGAAAGAGUUCGGCUGUUUGAUUUUUUUGAGAAAGAAGCAGCUGAGAAAUUUCUGUGUGAUCACAUCCACUGUCUCAGCUGUGAAGGAAGUCAUGGGGUGAUCUUAUUUCUAUAUAGUUUACUUUUCUCACGGACAUUUGAAAGGCUUCAAAAAGACCUUGACUUCACAACAACUCAUCUGUUACAGUGUAGAUCUGGAACUUUCAUCUGUAGACAAGCAAUUUUGAAUAUAAUUUUAACUGGCAGAGCCAGCCCACAUGUGUUUAAUGGGGUCCAGAAGCUUGACGCUGAAGGCAAUGUGCAAAAGUUGCUGCAUGGUGUUUCGUCCCGCAGUGAUGUGGGUUAUUUACACUGGAGCAAGGAUGAAGUGGAGAAUCACCAGCUUCUACAGAUUGGAAGCAUGCUGAAGACUCCAAAACUGCCUAUUUGGUUGUGCAACAUCAAUGGGACGUGCAGUGUCCUUUUCAGCACUAAUAGGCUGCUCUUGUCUGACUGGAAAAUGGAGCACCUUUUCGAUUUGUAUUUUUAUAAUGGGCAGCCCUGGCAGAAGACAACAGUGCAUCUCACAGUAGACACUCAUUCUCACCACUGGGAAGAAAAGCACUGUGAAGAGGAAAGUAAUGCCAAAAAGAGAGUUCCUUCUGUGGAAAUGGCAAUCCGAACUAAAUGGAAAGGGGCUGCCAUCAACUGGAAUGGGACCAUCCCCUUCUGAUGAGGAUGGAGAGCACAGUAGGUAUGUCAGGUGUCUGUCCUGUCUGACCUCUCAUCCUCAGGCACUUUUGAAACUCCAGAGGAAAAACAGUUUUGUUGCCAAUGGACCACAUGUGGACACCUGAGCUGACCUUCCAGCUUUGU